AUGAAAAAAUCACUUACUUUUUAUACUGAUUCUAAAAAUAACUUUUCUUAGAAAAUACAUCUCGAAAGACAUUAAAGAAACAAAAAUAAAAUUAAUGAAGCCAUAUUGAAAUUAGAAAAUCCUUUUGACCCAAAAUCAAUUUCAUAAGCAUUAAAAGGUCUUGAAAAUUAAUUACAAAGAAGAACACUAUUAGAUAAAAUUAUAUUAAUUAGAGCCUAAAAACUAAAGAUGUAAGAGCUGGAGAAGAUGAAUCAAAUGAAGGAAAUGUUAACGAAAGUAACAAGAAAAUUAACCUAAAUAAAAAAUUACCAAACUAAAUUCUCUCGAGAUCAUGAUGAUUUUUAAAUUUUACAAGAAGAAAGAAACAAAUUGAAUAAAUUUCAGUAUGAAAAUCUUGAUUUUCAAAUUUAAGAGGAGAAAAAUCAAUUAAGAAGGCUUUCUAGUUUAAGUUUUUUAACGAAAGACACUGACAAAUGGAAGGUUAAUCCAUAAUAAAAUGCACUUUUGUAAAAUUAAUUUGUUCGGAGAAAAACUUAAAGAAACUCUUCAUUAAUCAUUAAUGCAGUUUAGAAGAGACAAAUGUAUUUAUUCAUUUAUUCUUAGAAGCUCUCUUAAAUCAGAACAGAAUAGCACAGAUUCCAUGAUUUUGUAAAAUUGUUCAUUAUAAUUCCACAAGUGA